AUGGCGCUACAUGCCAGUAAUCUCACGACGGCAAACCCUCGGAGAGGCUUAAAGGUCAAGAAUAAACCCGAGUCCUGGACAGUGGAAUACGAUGGACUGAUCAACGAAGAUCAAUGCAAAGAGUAUGAAUGGGUCGGUAUGAGAUUGAAAUCUCCCCUUUUCCGACCCGAGACCUGUAUUCCAGGAACAGACUCGAAGACAGUCAUGGGCAUCAUGAUCAAGGGCCUCCUCGCUGUUCCCAAUGCAGAGACACGCCUGGUGGUCAAAGUGUUUAUACCGAAACUUCUCGUCAGUCUGGACUCGACGAAGGCCAUUGUAUCCAUGCUUUGGCUGGUAGACCCGCUGUCGAGUGAUGUUCAUCCUGUUCACUGUGGACCUAACUCACUCUAUUCACUAGGGCUACAGUAUUCUAAUCUUGCUAGGGACGAUGCCAUUGAUCUCCAGGCUGAGAUGCUGUCCGCAGUCCAGGUUGAGGAUCCUUGGGAUAAUCGCCUCUCCUCUGACCGGAAACCACUGGAGCUUCUACCGCAUCCAGGAGAUCUGGGGGAUACGAAGUAUCGCCAUAGGACCCGCGGAAGUUUGGAUGCUACAUCCGUCCAAGAUUUGAUGUAUCUCAUGGAUUUGGCAAUUUAUGGCGAGGCGGGACGCUACCCCAAUGCGAGCCCUGCUUAUUGUUUCCUGGAGAACAAGACGACUGUUGUUAUCGAAUUCAGACAACACUGUGGAACACUCGAUAUGCUGGAGACAUCUCUCUGGGCUAUUUUAUGCGUCAGACUCACUCAACACUGCCUCAACAAAUCUGAUACCUUCUUCUACGAAUCAUAUACCAAUCUGAGAUAUUGCUCUACGAUUCACGACUUUCUUAAAGAGCAAGGCUUGGGGGAGUUGUCCAAAUGUAUCCAGCCACAACCAAAACAUCUUAAAGUGUCAGAUCUGAGAUAUUGGCAUCCUAUCGCAAGGGCUGCGCCCCCUAAGGAGCUCCGUGCGAUUCCAAUUUUGUCUUCGGGACAACCAUUUGCAUCGCAUUUCCAAAAAUCUAGCCGCCCAACCGACAGAAGAGAAGACUUACAAAAUUAUGCAAGAAAAGAAAGCUACUAUUUUGGUAUCGAGCUCGAAUUGUACAUGCCAGUUUUGCUACCACAUGAGGGCCGGCCCGAUCCUCAUCCCAACGAUGGCAGGGAACUCAGCCGUGCCGAGCGAUUCCCCAAAAGAGUUGACUUAAUGAAAGAAACCAUCAGUUCUAUAGGGCCGUUGACUCUGGUGUGGGACGAGCAUUUAGACCGCAAGUCCUGGGAGAGCAAGCUCCUCAGUCAUGGGAUCGUGCCUGUUGACGAUAUCGACCCUCAAUAUCAGACGUGGACCAUUGGAACCGAUGUAUCGCUACGCCGAAUGUCUGAAUGGGGAGGGUACAAGCAGCUGAAUGGUUUGGAGAUCAUCCGUCGCGUUCUCAGAGCGACGCCCCAGUGCUGGGAAGAGGUACUGAAUAUGGUCUCCAUCCUGCGAAACAACUUCAGGUUGACAGUAGGCAAAUCAUGUGGCUUCCACAUCCACGUUGGCAAAGGCACCGGGCCCAUGCUGUUACACCUCGUGCGUAAGGUUUCUAUCCUCAUGUAUUUAGCAGAGAACAUUAUUUACCGCCUUUGUUGUCCUGAAAGAAGGGAGUCAAGUUACGUACCGAGUCUAGCAUCAUUACUAGAACCUCUAUGUACCGAUCAGUGGUCGGAAAUGGAUGUUCCAGCUGACUUUGAACAGUACAUUCCCGUCCACAAGGUCAUCGACCGCCGUACCUUGGGGAUUCUGAAGAAGCUCUGGACGACCGAAACUCUACAACUGCUCAAGUUUCUUAUAACUCCCAUCAUGGGCUCAAAGUCUUGCUUAGGUCUUUCCAAGUGCCACUCCUUUGAUGAGUUUGGUGAAGGCUCUGAAGAUGAGUGUAAAGGGACCGUUGAGUUUCGCUACCUCGAAGGUACUCUGGAUCCUGAGCUGAUUCUUCGGUGGAGUCAGUUAAUAGUUUCUCUAUUCCAGUUUGCUGAUCUAGCUUCACCACAGGCAUGGCAAAAUUUUGUACCUGCAGUACUGCAGUGUCCAGCAUUGGGUAGGAGGGAUCCGAACGUGCUGAGAGUCUUUUUGUUAUUCUUAGGAAAGGGUGAUGAUUAUGACUUUUGGAACAAUCGGAUGCAAAUGAUGACGAGUUUGCCUCUCGAUGCCCAACAACUGGCUCGCAGGCCAGUUGAUAACAAUGAGAUUCUGACUCCCCUCGAUGAUGAGUACAUUGAUACAUUACGAGAAGAGCUGUGUACUAGAGAGAUGAAAUUGCCUUGCACGAUCUAG